AUGAAUUCUUCACUUUUCCUGGCCACCCUCUGCUUGGCAAUAACUGUAGCAGUUGGACAAUUUGAUUACAGAUUAGAUGCAGAAUGGCUCCAAUGGAAGACAAGACACCGGAAACUCUAUGGCAUGGAUGAAGAAGGAUGGAGGAGACAGCUGUGGGAGAAGAAUAUAAAAAUGAUUGACCAACACAACCAGGAAUACGGCCAAGGGAAACAUAGCUUCACCAUGGCAAUGAACUCCUUUGGAGACAUGACUCCUGAAGAAUUCAGGCUGAUGAUGAACGGGUUUCAAAGCGAGAAACACACGAUGGAGCAUCUAUACCAGGAACACCUCGCUACCAACACCCCCUCCUCUGUAGACUGGAGGGAGAAGGGCUUUGUGGCUCCUGUGAAGAAUCAGCAUUCGUGUGGCGCUUCCUGGGCUUUUAGUGCAGCUGGGGCCCUAGAAGGACAGAUGCUUUGGAAAACUGGCAAACUGGUGUCACUGAGUGAGCAGAACCUAAUAGACUGCUCUUGGUCUCAGGGGAAUGAAGGUUGCACUGGUGGCCUGAUGGACAACGCCUUCCAGUACGUCAAGGACAACGGAGGCCUGGACUCUGAGGAAUUCUAUCCUUAUGAAAACAGGGUGAACUUCUGCAAAUACAGCCCCAAGUAUUCUGCUGCCAAUAUCACUGGCUUCGUGGACAUCCCGAGGGAUGAGAGCUCCCUUAGAGAGGCAGUAGCAACUGUGGGGCCUGUCUCUGUGGGUAUUGACACAUUACCAGAAACCUUCCUAUUUUAUGAAAGAGGUAUUUAUUUUGAUCCAAACUGCAACAGUGAAGAAUCAAACCAUGGUGUUCUGGUGGUUGGCUAUGGCUUUGAAGGAGAAGAAUUAUAUAACACUAAAUAUUGGCUGAUCAAGAACAGCUGGGGUGAGGAGUGGGGCAUCGAUGGGUACAUGAAGUUGGCUAGAGACCGGAACAACCACUGUGGUGUUGCCUCGUAUGCCAGCUACCCGGUGUGCGAGCCCUCGGAAGGCAGCAUGGAGGGACUCGACAUGAGCACGUCCACACGACUGUGAUCUUCACCCUGCCCCAACGCUGACCUCAUCGGAGAUCCUGG